AUGUGGCCUACAGAAGUCCGCUUCAAGAAUAACGGGCUGGACCUGAUUGAGGUGCAAGACAAUGGCAGCGGGAUCUCGCCAGAGAACUAUGAGAAUGUUGCAUUAAAACACUAUACCUCUAAAUUAUCCACAUACGAUGACCUCAAGAGCCUGAACACCUUCGGUUUCCGAGGCGAGGCGAUAUCAUCGCUCUGCGCGUUAUCCGACUUCCGCAUCGUCACAGCACAAGCCAAUCAAGCCCCCCGUGCAAACCGUCUUGAAUUCGAACAGUCUGGAAAGCUUAAGAAGCCACAAAUAGUGGCUGGGCAGAAAGGAACGACUGCAGCCGUGGAAGGCAUCUUCAAGCGGUUGCCAGUGCGUCGGCGAGAACUGGAGAAGAAUAUUAAGCGGGAGUAUGGUAAAGUUUUGAACUUGCUUCAUGCUUAUGCUUGCAUUAGCACUGGGGUCCGGUUCAGCGUGAGGAAUACCGUUGGCAAAACGAAGAAUGUGGUCGUAUUUUCUACAAAUGGGAACAAGACCACCAAGGAUAAUAUUGCCAAUGUGUAUGGCGCGAAGACACUCUCGGCAUUGAUCCCUCUUGAUCUGGAGCUUGAGUUUGAACCUGCAGUGGCUACGAAACGGGCGGGGGAUAACCCUACGAACAAGAUCCUGGUUCGAGGCCAUAUAUCGCGUCCUGUUUUUGGUGAGGGCCGCCAGACUCCAGAUCGUCAGAUGUUUUUCGUCAACUCGCGGCCAUGCGGGUUGCCGCAGAUCGGGAAGGCAUUUAACGAGGUGUACAAAUCGUUUAAUGUGUCCCAGUCGCCGUUUAUUUUUGCGGAUUUCCAAAUGGAUACGAACGCUUACGAUGUCAAUGUUUCUCCCGAUAAGCGUCAGAUUCUACUUCAUGAUGCGGGGGCUAUGAUUGAAUCGCUGAAAACCUCCCUUACACAACUUUUUGAAGAUGCUGAUCAAACUGUGCCGCAGUCAUCGGUCAAAUCCAAGCCUUUAUCAAAGCAGCAACCGCUAUCUUCGCUGCCGGGGUUCGUCUCUGCCCGAAAGCUAAGCCAGAAGAGUCAUGAUGGAAGUCCAGAUUACGACCAAACCAAAGAGAAUUCACCCGAGCCUCCUGAGGCGAGUCAACAGAGCGCAAUUGGAAGAUUCAAGAGCUCACAAGGAGGCAUAGGAAGCCCGGUGCAAGCCACGCCAUCUCCGGCUCGAUCUAUGCAGCCCCGAGCUUCAAUUAAUCCCUCUUCAAUGGCCACGCCGACUGCUAGUGAACCAGAGACGCCCACUGUGGAUGUUCUUCACGAUGAACUGCCUGCGCAAAAAUCCACCCAAGAAGAGGAGCCUGAAAAGACCCCUCUGUUUCAUGAACCUUCAUCCCAGCCAGCAGACUUGGGAGAAACACCAUCUCGUGUUCGCCAAUAUUCCGAAGAAACGCCCAAUGUCGUUCAAAACGCAUUUGAUAGGAUGCGUCCCCGACGGGAGCCGCCUGAGCUAGCCACUAUCACCAUUGGAGACCGAAUUGUGACUUCCAUGGUUGGUAGCGGGCUGCCGCGGAAACGAAUACAAGAAGAUCCACCUUUUUUGAAAGAGACCUCGAAGCGGAAGAGACGGAUUCACACGCCGUCGCGUCCUAAUAUAUUUGGGGAUCAUAUGAAGGCUUUUGCUGCUCCGGGGUCGCAGCUUGAUGCACCAGAAGAUGAAAGGGGCUCUACGGACUAUCUUGAAGCCGUGGAAGGGGAAGAGGAAGAGGACGCUCCGAGUGUAGCUGAAGAGGCCGAAAAUCAAGAGGAGGAGGAGGAGGAGAAGGAGGAGGAGGACCUGGUUGUAGCCAACGAGGUGGAGGAUUCUGAAGAAGAUGCCGAGCAAAACCAACAAGAUGAGAGUUCUCCUCCAUUGGAAGAUGUCGACUAUGAACCCGAGCAGGAGGCAUCCCGACUGGAAUCCGGAGAACUUGAAGCAAAUGCAAAUACAAAUGACAGCCGAGAUGCAGAUCUUGACGAAGCCAAGAAGAAAGCUCAGGAAGAAGCCACUGUUCAGCGGCUAAUCCACGAAGCUGAAGAGACUGCUAUGCUACCCCAAGAAAACAGUAUGAAACGUGCAAACAAAAUGAACAAGGAAUCUGCCCAUCGUGACGCCACAGUGCAACUUGUCAGCACUGUGGACGGAUCUUUUUCGCGGCUUCAAUCUCAACAUGCAGUACUGCAAAAGACCCUUGACGCACGACCAAUGCCCCUGGAACAAGAAACUCCUGAUGGCGGUGAGAAGUCAGCCGAGGAUAAAUUAUCAUUGACUGUGAGCAAGAACGACUUCGCCCAAAUGCGUAUCAUCGGCCAGUUCAACCUGGGAUUCAUCAUCGCAGUUCGUCCAGGAGAAGACCACGACGAACUGUUCAUUAUUGACCAGCACGCUUCGGACGAAAAGUUCAAUUUUGAGCGCCUGCAAGCUGAAACCAUCGUCCAAAACCAGCGCCUUGUCCGUCCGCAACGCCUCGAUUUAACGGCCGUUGAAGAAGAAAUUGUCCUUGAAAAUCGCGACGCGUUAGAAAAGAACGGUUUCCUCGUGACAGUCGAUGAAAGUGGCGAUGAACCCAUUGGCCGUCGAUGUCAACUUGUUUCCUUGCCGCUCAGCAAAGAAGUCGUGUUUGGUGUGCGCGAUUUGGAGGAACUGAUUGUGUUGCUAUCGGAAUCUGGUUCGUCGAAUGAGUUGACCGUGCCACGGCCAGGGAAAGUUCGCAAAAUGUUUGCUAUGCGAGCAUGUCGGUCGAGUAUUAUGAUCGGUAAGACGCUGACGACUCGUCAGAUGGAACGCGUUGUUCGGAACAUGGGGACUAUUGAUAAACCUUGGAAUUGUCCCCAUGGGCGACCGACUAUGCGACAUUUGAUGAGUUUGGGUCAGUGGGAUGAAUACGAUGAGUUCGAAGAUGGAGGUCUGGAUCCUUGGAAACAAUACUUGGAAGGCGAAGAUGAAUAA